AUGGCUGCUAUUGGAGACCACUUUGCGGCCGUCAGGGGCGCCUUCAACCGCCGGCUUCUCCUGUCCUGCGCCCUCAUCGCCUUCUCGCAGGUCAACUUCGGCUUCGACCAGGUCGCCUUCUCGACGACGCAGGCGAUGGACGCCUUCGAGCGCAGGUUUGGCGUGCAGAACCAGAAGACGAAGAAGUUCGCCCUGGCGCCGGCCUACCUGUCCAUGCUCAACGCCCUCCCCUAUCUCGGCUUCCUCUGCGGCCUGUUUGUUGGCAGCUCCGUCAGCGCUCGAUGGGGCCGCCGCAUGGUUAUGUUUACCAUGAGCAUUCAUGCCAUGAUCAUGGUGCCUAUCACGGUCACUUCGAGCAGCAGGGAGCAGAUGCUGGCUGCCAGGGUGCUCAACUACAUCUAUCUCGGCAUGGAGCUGGCUGUCGUGCCUGUCUUCCAGGCAGAGAUUGUGCCGGCCCAGGUGCGAGGCGCCGUCGUGGCUACCUACCAGCUGUGUAUCUAUGUCGGUGGGCUUAUUAUGAGCUUGAUAUGCCGGGCUACUAUCCGUCUAGACGGAAACGCACAGUGGCAGAUCCCCCUGGCGCUCUUUGGAUUCGUCCCCCUGGUCGUCUCCCUACUCAUCUGGUUCAUUCCCGAAUCACCAAGAUGGCUGCUGGUCAAGGGCCGGCAUGAAGACUCGCUCAAAGCACUGCGGACGCUGCGUGACGGCCGGUUCACGGAAGACCAGAUCAUGGCCGAGUACACCGGCCUCAGAACGAGGCUGGGCCUCGAGUCGACGCAGCAGAAAGGUAGCUAUGCCGACUGUUUCAGGGGAACAGACCUGCGCCGAACAAUCAUUGCCAUCGGCGUCAACGUCUUCCUGCAGGCCACGGGUCAGGUCUUCACGGCUCGCUACAGCGCCGUCUACAUCAAGUCCCUCGGAACCGUCGACCCUUUUACCAUCACCAUCGUCAACCAGCUCGUCAACCUGCUGGGUGUUACCAUCUCCAUGCUCCUCGUCGACCACCUCGGCAGGCGACCCCUUCUAUACGCCAGCAGCAUCCUUCAGACCAUUGCUUGGUUCGCCAUGGCUGGCUUAGGUACUCCUCGAGUUCUAACGCAGGGCAUGCGGUCUGCCAUCGUUGCUCUCAUCGCUUUCUUCAACAUCUCCUUCUGCAUCGGCUGGGCGCCGCUCUCCCACACUAUCGCUGCCGAAGUGCCGUCCUCCCGUCUCAGAGACAUGACCUUCCGCACCGCCAACGCCGUCAACCUCAUCAUGCAGCUCGUCAUCACACUGGUCAUACCCUACCUCAUUGACGACAGGUAUGCCGGCCUCGGGACCAAGAUCGGAUACCUCUUCGCUCCCCUCUCCAUCCUCUCCCUCAUCUUCGCCUACUUCUACGUCCCCGAAACGACGGGUAAGGCCCUAGAGGAACUCGACGCCCUCUUCGCCGACCGCGUUCCCACCCGGCAGUUUCGAACAGCUGCAGUUGGUAACCAGGCUAAGGACGCCGAGGUGGAGGCUGCCACCAAGAAGAAGACUGCAGUGGCUGAUCUCGUUAGUUAA